GAUCCCAGCAACACGUUCUUGCCCCAAGCACUAGAACCUUCACCAUGACUGAAUGGGUUGGAUUUCUCGCAGCACUGAUGUUCUGUCUCCACAGUACAUACGGGGAUCCUGCACUGACUCAACCAGGAUCCAUUUCAACAUCCCCGGGGCAAACUGUGAAGAUCACCUGCACCAUGUCCGGAGGCAGCAUCGGUAGCUACUACGCGAGCUGGUACUGGCAGAAACCCGGCAGUGCACCGGUGUUGGUUUGGGACGAGACCCUCGAAACUGCCUCUGGAAUCCCAGACCGAUUUACCGGGUCUGUGGACUCAUCGAGUAACAAGAUGCAUUUAACCAUCACCAACGUGCAAUCGGACGACGCCGCCGACUAUUACUGCGCGGUAGGAGGUAGCGGAAUAUUGACAUUUGGAAAAGGAACCAAAUUGAACCUGAGCGAGCCACGGAGACCCACAGUUUCUCUCCUUCCGCCUUCAUCGGUUCAAAUCACGGAAAAGAACACGGCGACCCUGGUGUGUUUGGUGAGCGGUUUUAACCCGGGAGCUGUGGAAAUCGAGUGGUCGAUAGAUGGCAGUGUCAGGGGGGAUAAUGUUGAGACCAGUCGGAUCCAACAGGAGACGGACAACACGUUCAGUGUGAGCAGUUAUCUGACCCUGUCAGCCUCAGAAUGGAACUUACACGAACUUUACUCCUGUGGGGUUAAACACGAGACUCUGACAAAUCCACUCCAGGGAACUAUUGCGAGAUCCAACUGCAUCUGUAAUUGUUCUCCUGUCUUAAUGGACCGUUGGCGUGGAUAUGCAGGCAUUUUAAAAAAGAAAUUAUUUACAGACGACAAUAACUCAGAAUUAGUGAAAAUCUUGAGGAAAAUGAUCACACUUUUCCACAAGACAGACAAACGACCAGGCACAUGGCAAAUGAAAUUUAACAACGUGAGGUACUUAAUUGAGGGAUUGGAAAGAUCCCAGCAACACGUUCUUGCCCUAAGCACUAGAACCUUCACCAUGACUGAACGGGUUGGAUUUCUCGCCGCACUGAUGUUCUGUCUCCACAGUACAUACGGGGAUCCUACACUGACUCAGCCAGGAUCCAUCUCAACAUCCCCGGGGCAAACUGUGAAGGUCACCUGUACCAUGUCCGGUGGAAGUAUCGGCAGCUACUAUACCAGCUGGUACUGGCAGAAACCCGGCAGUGCCCCGGUGUUAGUUUGGGACGAAGAUGACGAAACGGCUUCGGGAAUCCCAGACCGAUUUACCGGGUCUGUGGACUCAUCGAGUAACAAGAUGCAUUUAACCAUCACCAACGUGCAAUCGGAGGAUGCCGCCGAUUAUUACUGCGCGGUAGCAAGUAGUGGAAUAGUGACAUUCGGGAAAGGAACCAAACUGAACCUGAGCGAACCGCGGAGACCCACAGUUUCCCUCCUUCCGCCUUCAUCGGUUCAAAUCACGGAAAAGAACACGGCGACUCUGGUGUGUUUGGUGAGCGGUUUUAACCCGGGCGCUGUGGAGAUUGAGUGGACGGUAGAUGGCAGUGUCAGGGGAGAUAAUGUUGAGACGAGUCGGAUCCAGCAGGAGACGGACAACACGUUCAGUGUGAGCAGUUAUCUGACCCUGUCAGCCUCAGAAUGGAACUUACACGAGCUUUACUCCUGUGGGGUUAAACAUGAGACUCUAACAAAUCCACUCCAGGGAACUAUUGCGAGAUCCAACUGUAUCUGAGCGAAGACUCUUGUACAUUUAUUUCCCACCUUAAUAGAGAAGCUUCUUGAAAGUUAAGUUCGACAAUUAGCUAUUAGACAUUCAAUUUUAAACUGAACAUUGAAAACAACCGCAAUAGUUUAAAAUGUCAGCUGUGUCCUACUUUCUGUAGUUUAUUGCGUGUUCAACAUGAAAUGAUCAAAGUUUCAAUGUAAUGUUGCUAAUAUCGCUUUGUAUUAAAAUCUGUGUACCCUGA